GUAGGUAGAUACCAAGUUGGUUCUUCCCUUUGGGUUGGUUGGUUCGCCCGGGUUUCGAGCUGGUUGGUUUGCUGUGGUGUGUUGUGUUGCGGCUUGCCCUGGGAGGGAGGUGGGAGGGGAGGGAAGGAGAGGAGAGGAGAAAAGCAAUAUUCAUCUCCUGGUCCCCAAAGGAAGGAAGGAACGAACAAACAACCGAGCAUUAAAGACCUUCCGUCCUGUUCGCAAACUCACUAUUUUCAUCCUUUCCCGUCGGGGGUUUGGAGGCCCGGUAUGAAAUGAUCCCUACGUCCAACUUCUUCCCUCCUUCACCAUCAUCACCAACUACAACGGCACGCCAAAACCAAAUCCCAACCCAUCCCAGUCUUUCCGUCCGUUCAUCUGUCUGCCUUUCCCAUGACGGCUCCGUGAUCCGUCUGAGUCUCACCUGACACGGACGACGAUUGCUCUUUCUCUCUAUCGCCGUACCGAACUACCCGUAUCCCACCUUUCUUCCGCCGCGCACCUGCGGCCUAUUAUGUCUCUAGCCAAGCCCGAAGGUUUGUUCUCACUCCCUUUUUCUGCGUUCCCUGGCUUCAAUUGAUUGCUCUUGACUUUUCCUUCUUUUUGUUUGCAUUAUCUCGAUUGCCGACGUCUGGAUCGAUUGUAGGGCUGCUACGAAACACGGGAAAUUGGCCAUACGAGGCGCGGCAGGAUGAGAGAGAGGAGAGGACAGAUUCGCAAUGCUAGGAUUACGGAGAGAGCAAGAGACACAACGCUGAUUUAUAUCCUCGGGCAAAGAAACCACGUUCAUCAUGGCCCCUCCAACAGCCGCAAAACGACCGCACGCCGCCGUGAGCAAAGGCAGCACAAACAUGUCCACCAUCGAGCCGUGGGCCGAGUUACCGUAUCCCAACUUUGACUGCUCAAAGUACAACUACAUAUUGACCGACGAUGGCGGGUUCUGGCAAUUGCAACAACAGCAUUCACCCUCAGAAGAGCUCCCCAACGUAGUACCACGCAUCGCGACGAGCAAAUCGCCCAUACAAAAAGUCCAAGAUAUCGAAUGGACCUGUCUAUCGGCAGCAUGUCCUUCGAAGCCAUUCAAACGGAAAGUCGACCUCGACAAGCAUUACAAACAGGCCCAUGUCGAUAGCCAAACCACGGCGCCUUCGCCCGCGCUCUCCCUAAAAGAUAUCACGCCCGCGACAAGCACCAGCAACCCAAGUCCCAAAAUCACAACCAAGAAACCGCCAGCUGGCACGAGCAAGGCUAAGGGCAAAGCCGCGGGCGCAGGAGCGGCGACGGCGACAGGGACGGCGACAGCGGCGGCGGCGCAAGGGAACAGGAAUAACAGCGUAAACGGCGCGGGCAACAACAGCAUCAGCAACAAGGACGGCACCGCCGGGGUCUUCCUCUGCGACUACCCAGCAUGCAACCGCAAGAACGAACCGUUCAACCGCAAGGACCGGUUGCGCAUCCACCUUACCGACGUCCACAAGGAGGACGUGAGCGCAAAGACGUUUGAGAUGACGGUCGCGUGGCUGCAGGAGCGCAAGAUCUAUCCCAAGUGGUGGCGGUGUUCCAAAUGCCUUGACAGGGUCAAGAUCGAGGAGAGCGGAUGGUCAUGUCCGCGGGACGGGUCCAAGGUGGAAGACAUACGGCGCGAGUUUCGCGAGAAGCAGCAUAACAUGUGA